GUCGCUCAUUCUAGAGCAAUAUCCCGUGUUGCGUGAUGACGGAGGUGUCGGUGACUUAGGCUUAGCUGUGAAAGAGCGCAACGGAGAAAGGAGGAUGGAAGAACCGGAGGAAGAAGAAGGAUGCGGAGGGGACUUCGAAAUAGCAGCAGAGGGUGCCGGAGGAGACCUCGGAGCAGAUAUGGCAGAGAAAAAAGCUACCAUGUUGGAGGUCUCAUCAUCAUCUGGACAGCAAGGCACUGGUAAAAAGAUUGGGCAUCGCGGAGUUGAUGCUUCUGGUGAAACCACUUACAAAAAGACAACAUCAUCCACCCUCAAAGGUGCUAUCCAGUUGGGCAUUGGCUACACUGUGGGAAACCUGAGUUCUAAGCCAGAGAGAGAUGUCCUCAUGCAGGAUUUUUAUGUGGUGGAGAGCAUCUUUUUCCCUAGUGAAGGCAGUAAUCUCACGCCUGCCCAUCAUUACCCAGAUUUCCGUUUUAAAACCUAUGCACCAGUUGCAUUUCGCUAUUUUCGAGAACUCUUUGGAAUUCGUCCAGAUGAUUAUUUGUAUUCCCUGUGUAAUGAACCACUGAUUGAGCUCUCUAAUCCUGGGGCUAGUGGAUCUCUUUUUUAUGUUACCAGUGAUGAUGAAUUCAUAAUAAAGACAGUUAUGCACAAGGAGGCUGAAUUUCUACAGAAACUUCUUCCUGGAUAUUACAUGAACCUGAACCAGAAUCCACGAACUCUCUUGCCCAAGUUUUAUGGAUUGUACUGUGUGCAAUCAGGUGGAAAGAACAUCCGUGUAGUUGUCAUGAACAAUAUCCUGCCACGUGUUGUGCGAAUGCACUUCAAGUAUGAUCUAAAGGGCUCCACCUACAAGCGGCGGGCAUCCAAGAAAGAGAGGGAGAAACGGUGCCCUACCUUUAAAGACUUGGACUUCAUGAAUGAAGCUCCUGAAGGGCUUCUUUUGGACAAUGAUACCUUUAAUGCUUUGGUUAAAACUCUGCAGAGGGACUGUUUGGUACUUGAAAGCUUCAAGAUUAUGGAUUACAGUCUUUUGCUAGGAGUGCAUAAUAUGGAGCAGCAAGAGCGGGAGCGGCAGACAGAAGGGGCACAGAGUCAGGCUGAUGAGAAAAGACCAGUGGGACAAAAAGCUCUAUACUCAACAGCUAUGGAGUCAAUUCAGGGAGGAGCAGCUCAUGGGGAAUCUAUAGACACAGAUGAUACGAUGGGGGGAAUCCCAGCUGUUAAUGGCAAAGGAGAGCGUCUGUUAUUGUACAUAGGAAUUAUUGAUAUUCUACAAUCUUACAGAUUGAUUAAGAAGCUGGAGCACACAUGGAAAGCAUUGGUGCACGAUGGGGACACCGUGUCUGUACACAGGCCCAGUUUCUAUGCUGAACGCUUCUUCAAAUUUAUGACCAACACAGUAUUUCGAAAGACUUCUUCCCUGAAAUCCUCGCCUUCCAAAAAGGGACGCAGUGCUUUGCUGGUACCCCGACCCCUAGGGACAUCAACAGCAUUAUCUGCAGGACAGAUUCCAACAGAGCAAGAAGACGGGAAAUAUGAUCUGCGUAUUGCGCGCAGUUUCCCCACUCUGGAAGAUGAAGGUCGAUUUGAUCUCUUGCCCUGCACACCACCAUCAUUUGAAGAAGCUACAACAGCCUCUAUAGCUACAACACUGUCAUCCACCUCGUUGUCAAUCCCAGAAAGAUCACCUUCCGAGACCUCAGAACAGCCUCGUUACCGGAGGCGCACUCAGUCUUCAGGGUAUGAAGCUCGAACUUAUGAGGAAUCUCAUGUUGAGGAUGAAGUUCAGCAGAUCACAGUGGAAGUUGAAGCUAGAUGUCCAAGUGCUCUACAAGUACCUCAAGAGGAAGAGCAAGGAGAGGCCUCUGGUUGCUCUGGUGGGACUGGGCCAGUUGAGGAAACAGGAAGUCAGCGGUCAGAAGAAGAGGAUGACGUGCCUGUGACAGAUAUUUAUUUUUUCGCAGAUGGGAGAUACUGGGUGUACUCUCCCCGCCUGAGACGCAAGAAAUCCACAUCCACAUCUACUGAUUCUCCUCCAGAUGACCGGAGCUGGGUGUACUCCCCGCUCCACUAUAAUACUGAGGUACAGCCUGUCUCAGAUGAAGAAAGUGACAAAUAAUCACACUAUGCAGAUUCCAGAUGAACAGAGAAUGUCUUCUUUCGGCUUUGCAUCAUAUCUGUCAAUGCUGCAGUGAAGAAGAAAGAAGAUUGUGCAUAGUUUCAAACAGCUGAGUGUGAUUUGUCUACACUCUAUACAAUAACAUGCACUAUAUCUGUAUUUAUACCAAUAGCCUCUCUUUACCAUGCAUUCAAAGUUAUGCACACAACAAAUCCAUGGGUUGUUUCUGUUCCAGUUAGCUUUUUAGUCCUCAUUGCACUGCACUGCACUUGCAGUAUGUAGGUUUUUGUCUUGCAGCUAAACGGUGUCAAUAAUUCGUUUGUACCAUAGUUUACAUAUACUUUACAAUUUCCUGCUGAUUUUAUAUAAUACUCUUUUAAAUAGACCUUCAUGUGACUUAGGCUGAAAAUUAUUUAGAUAUAACUCUACCUACAUUCCUUUUUGUAGUUUUAGAUCUGUGAAUAAUUAGGUGUGUGUACUUUUCAGCUAAUAAUGUUAAAACUGAAUUUCAGUAAGAUUCCAAAAUGCACAAGAAAUUUAGAAGAACCAAUUAGAGACAGUUAAGGUAAAUGCUAUAUUUUAGAAUAUAUUUAUUAAAUAUAUAUUUUACUGUGUAUUGAGUUUACUUUGAAGUAGCAUUUAUUAAUCUGGGUCUUUAUGGCCCAGUGGGUGUAAAAUAGGGUAAUGUGUUAAAAAGCUUAAUUCUUUGUGUCUUUCCUGAUAAACUUCCUAAGAAACCUGCAGUCAUGCAGGUUUUCUAGGAAACCAAAGAAAUAAACUGUUCUGCUAGGAAAGUAAAAACAAAAGUCUGUCACCAUUUGAGAGCUUUCCCCUCCUAUGAGUUGAGCUUUGGAGUGGCAAGGUAAUAUAAAGCUCAAAUGAGGCAUUCUCUGCUGUUAAUCUUUUGCAAAGGCAGAUGGAGUGUUCCCUGGAUACUCAUCAUGCUACCAGUGAGCCGGGCUUUUUAGAUAAUGAAAAAUAACAUAAUUCUCCGUUUACUGCAUUGCAUUUUAUCAUGACAAAAUUCAGUUAUUUUACACCUUUAAGCUUGGUGAAAAUGUCUGACCCAUCUGCCAAGGCAUGCCUUUUUAAAAGUUAUAGAUAUAUCUUAAUUCCAGGUGUUUUUUUUAUUUAUAUUAUUUCCAUUCUUUAAUUAAGAAUCCAAAGUUGCAAUAACAAAAUACAGGUAUGGAAUCUAUUAUCAGGAAUGGCAAAAUUUAGGACUUUAGGUUUAGGUUUUCCAUGGUAUCUUUAUCAUUUGGAUUACUAUGUCUACAAAAAAUGUGAAAAAUGUAAUAACCCAAUGCUUUGGAACAUUCUACCAUUAAUAUGGAAUUAUGCAGAUUAGGUAGGGUCAAGGUACUACUUGAUUACUAGAGCAAAAAAGGAUUUUGAAAGUUUACAUAUAACGGAUAACAAAUACCAUACUUGCUACGCUAUACCAGAGGCAAAUAAACAGCCUACGUAGUUCAAUACACAAUUUAUCUACAGUUGCUUAAUAUAGUUCCUGCUAGUAGUGAAUCAAUAGGCUACAGGGAUUUGGAUUUAAAUGUUCCGACAAUGAGGAAAUUAAUUUUCAGUAGAGCCCCACCAGUAAGGGUCUGAGAUGGAACAGAUUCCCAAGAUGAUAUUUUGGCUAACAGUACUAACAGUAGUCAUUGCUGAUCAUCUAUGGGGGUAGAGAUUAUCUUGGGAUCCCUGCUGUUACAUUUUUCAAUAUUCCAUUACCAUUAAUUAAUGGAAAAGAGGGCCACUGAAAAAUUGAAUUGCUCUUUGGCAUUUUAUAAUUGUUACAAUUUCUCUGUGUGUGCCGUUUUGUUUGCAGUUACAUUUUGUCUGGGGGGGGCGGGGUUGUUUAUUUUCUGACUAGUAUAUAAAGAAAGAGUAGCUGCACCUCCCAUA